AGGCUGUAUAUUGAUUAUGUGACUGGGUGUGUGGGCAUUUAGGGUCCUGUGGGUGCUUGUACACAUGCUGUAAAUGCUACUGGGUGUGUGGUUGUGUAUGGCUACUUGGUUCUAUGUAUGACUGCAGCUAUCUGGGGUUCCCAUCCCCGUGUCAAGGGAUUGCCUGUGACAAAAGUGUUGGUGUCCAUGAAAAUGUGUGGUUAGGCGCUUGUGGAAAGCUAUUUGUCAUUUUGAGCUUGGAGCUGGGUGCCAGAUUGUGUGUGGCUGUACUGUGACCCCGUGGCUGGCUGAGCUCCUUGGGGAUGUUCGCAGGGGGCUGUAUGUGUGCGUGCAGUUCCUGUCCCUGCCUUGAGGGACUGAGUGUGCAGAAGCGGCUGUCCCUGUGAGACAGUGACAGUGUUACGGAGGAAGAUGCUGGGUGACUCGCACUGAGCCAUGCCGGAUCCUCUAUCCCCAGGCCAAUAUGCCUGUUUGCAGAAGGAGCCCGUUCUUGCAAAGGAUGUUUCCUGCGACCACCCUUCCACCGCCGGGCGUUCCAGGAGCAGCCGGGACCUUGAAUCUGGGGCCGGGGAGGACGGCGGGGCGGACGGCGAGACGGACGGCGAUUCGGAGGGCAGCAGCAGCCGCAUCGUGAACGGCACCGACUGCGAGCUGCACUCGGAGCCGUGGCAGGGAGAGUUGCUGCAGCGGCCCAGCCAGCUGUACUGCGGGGCGGUGCUGGUGCGGCCGCAGUGGGUGCUCACCGCGGCGCACUGCCGGAAGCCAUUUUUCAGAGUUCGCCUUGGCCGCUAUUCCCAGUCAUCCAACUAUGAGUAUGGGCAGCAGCUGUUCCGGGGGAUCAAAUCCAUCCCCUACCCUGGCUACACCUACCCUGGCCACUCCAAUGACCUCAUGCUCAUCAAGCUGGACAAAAAGGCCCGUAUAACUAGGGCUGUUAGGCCCAUCAGCAUCUCCUCACAUUGCCCUUCUCCUGGGAGCAGCUGCUUGGUAUCUGGCUGGGGAACGACCAGCAGCCCCCAGGUGAACUUCCCCAGUGUCCUCCAGUGCUUGAACAUCACUGUGCUAAGUGACGACAGGUGCAGGAAGGCCUAUCCGAGACAGAUAGAUGCCAGUAUGUUCUGUGCUGGUGACAAGAAGGGCAGAGACUCCUGCCAGGGUGAUUCCGGGGGGCCCGUGGUCUGCAAUAGUACCCUGCAGGGCCUCGUAUCCUGGGGAGACUUUCCCUGUGGCCAGCCCAACAAACCUGGCGUCUACACCAACCUCUGCCGCUUCACCAGGUGGAUUGAGAACACCAUCAACGCCAACUCCUGAGUCACCAGCGGAGCUGGUAUUCUGGUGACCACUCAUCCCCCUGCAAGGGUCCUGCAGAGACCCUGACUCUCCUUCCAGACCCCUGCUCCUUCCUGAAGAUGUUGGGGUUGUUCAUCUCUCCAGCCCCUUGAGUUCCCCGGAGUCAGGGACCCCCUUCUCUGACAGCAGACUGACCCUGUCUCUCUGCAGGCAGUUCUUCAAAUGACCAAAGUGUGAGCUGCACCUCAGUCUCCACGGCACUUCCUUCUCCCGGCACAGAGUGCAUCCCUUCUCUGCAGCUCUGACCCACGUUUGGUCCCAGAAAUAAAGUAUCCAAGGAGAGGUGGA